CGCGCACUGGUGUUGCGCGUGUGUGUGUCUGUGUACUGUUUACACUUCACAGUUUACACUCUAACGAUUUUUCAUUUUAGAAUUUAACUUGCUUUGUUUUUGUAGCAAACGUUUUGUUGCUAAUGUUGCACUUCUAUUAUUAACCAUAUUUGCGUUGAUUUAGAAUGCGUUCGGUGUAUUUCCUAAUUAUUCGGAUUCUGCUGCAUGAGAAGUCAUCAGGCCGUUAUGCAUUGAACCUUACGGGUUUAUGAUUAAUCUUCUGAGCGUCGCUGGAAUCUUCUUCAUGGGUUCUUCUCUGGCCGUAUUCUCACUGAUCUCCGCGUUUCAUCAUCCAUCAUAGCCGUUCUUCCCGCAAUGCUACGAUUUGUUGAAUUUGGAUAAAGUUUCCGUUGAAUGGUAGAGAUGAUUCGUUCUUUUACUGUUUGACGCGGCAUAGUGUUACGAAAUGGAUCUUUCUUUGCGUUUAUAACUUCCUAGCGUCGUAAAAAUCGGGAGAAAAUGUUCGCCCGGGGCAAGGCAGGAGGACAGGCUCCGUCCGAUCAGCAAGCACGCGAUAAACUAGUCAUUUAUGUUUAUGAAUAUCUCUACCAUCAGGGAGCCGGCAAUGCCGCCGAGACUUUCCUCAAAGAGAUAGGUUGGAAAGUGCCAGUAACGCCGAGUGAGCCUCCUGGAUUUUUGCAAUGCUGGUGGUGCGUCUUCUGGGAUUUGUAUUGUGCCGCUCCCGAGCGACGCGAUACCCAUAUGCAUUCCAAAGAGGCUUCGAGCUUUCAUGAUUACACCACUAUGACAUCGCAAGGGUAUCCUUUCUCGCCGAAUAUGAACGGCAUGGGUGUACCACCCGGUCAGCCUCCUCAUGGGCAUCCGCAUGCAAUGGGAGAAGGCGGGCCCGGGACAGUCCCAAGUCCAUCCAUGCACCAGUUGGCCGGUUCGGGACCCGAUGGCGCGGUGCCUCCGGGAUUCUUUCCGGGAUCUCAUCUUCGCCCUUCUCCAUCCCAGAUGAUGCCCCAUGGAGUCAUGCCCAUGAUGCAGAUGUCGGGGCCACCUCCACCGGGCGCUAUGCAGCAGCAACAAGGGCACAUGCCACGGGGUUAUGCGCCACCGUCUAACCGCAGCUCACCGGCAACGAGGAUGUCGCAUCCCGGUCAACAGCAGAUUGAAUUUGGGCCUCCUCCGGGCGGAAUGAUGAUGACGUCGGAAGGCCCGGUACCGCCGGGCAUGAUGGUCGGUCGCGGUGGACAGGGCGGAGGCGGUCCAGUGGGACGCGGAGGCAUGCCGGCCUCGCCCAUGCCGCCCGGAGCGUACGGCGGUCCCGGUGGACCCAUGCAGCGGAUGCUCAAUCCGGGAGCCGGGUCGCCUCAGGGCGGACCGAAUAUGAUGGGAUUACCGCCGAUUCAUCAAACACAGCGUCAGCCGCCGUGGCAGCAGCAUGUUGGUCCGAUGGGUCACUAUGGCACACCAUCACCACCCAAUGGCCCGUAUAUGGGCAUGAUGGGUCCUCCGUCUCAUAUGCAAAGUCCUUCUCAAGAAUCAGUAUUAUCGGGAGGAUCGGAGAAUAUCUAUGGUAUGAUGAAAGGACCGGUAACGGAUCGAUUCGGUAAUGCGAUCCCGGAUGGAUCGAUGGGGAAUAUGGUGCCGGUUGGCGUCGAUAUGGUCCAAUCCAUGAACGGUGAAGGCAUGGAGCUGAAGCAUUCUCCCAGCCUGAACGGUCAAUCCGAUCCGUCAUCCGGUCGUAAUCCCGGCGGUAUGGACAAUGUGGUGGAUGAGUACGGUAUGGGCCAGUUCUCGGCGGCCGCCGUGGCCUCCGCGGCAUCCGCGUCGUCGCAGGAAUGACGGCAGUAGCCCCGUACGAGGAGAGGGGCUCUCGUACGGAUGGCGCCUCGUUGGUUCCGUUAUCUACAGACACGAAUUUCCCCGCGUUCUCUGUUCUCAAAACAAUGAAGAAAUCAACAGUGUGUGUGGUGUUAAUUGUUAACGGUAGUCAUGUGUGGAGCGGCAGCUGACAACAAAACCUGGAUCUGCGUUCGUUUUUGUUACAAUAUAUGGAAUUUCUGACAGGGAUUUGUACCAAAGAUGGGGGCGUUUUUGUUCGGUGCAGCGGCGGUUUGGUUAAUUAUUGAAUGUGGCUGAGUUUUUUCUCUCUUUGUUUUAAAUUAUUUUUCCCAGCUUUUUUUCUGUCAAUUUAGUGGGCAGCUUUACAGUUUUAUCUUGUGGUUUUAUCAUGCCAAAUUUUGAGCUUUUAAUCGUUUGCGGUUUUUUUUUGCUGGUUAUGAUUUUAUGUUGUUUUAUCUGUUGUAGUGGGAACGAUGCUGUAGUGUUUGUGACAAAUUUAUUCGACUGCAUUGUUUGUGUACAAGGUGGCCGUAUUGGUCCUACUGGAUAAAUAAAGCGGAAAACUUCG